AUGAGGUUUCUGGAGUCUUUCCUUCGUAUUAAUUGCUUAAAAAUGGGGCUCAGCAGCUCUCAGUUAGAGAAAGAGAUUGCCAGUGAUCAACUUCUCAGUGGAGAACGAUAUUUUGGGCUGGUGAACUUCGGAAAUACGUGCUACUGCAAUUCAGUCAUACAGGCCUUGUUCUUCUGUAAGCCAUUUCGAGACAAGGUCUUACAAUACAAUGAUCGAGCGAAAAAUCCUAAAAAGGAAACUCUACUGACAUGUCUUUCGGAUCUCUUUUAUUCAGUCGUAUCUCAGCAAAGAAGAGUGGGUCAGAUGCGCCCUAAAAAAUUCAUACAAAAGUUGAAGCGGGAGAAUGGAUUAUUUGAUAACUAUUUGCAACAGGAUGCUCAUGAGUUUCUUAAUUAUCUUCUCAACAAAAUAGCUGACAUAAUAAGAGCCGAACAACAACCAACCGGUGUAGAAGAUGCUGAAGAUCCUAGUGAUUGUGAAAUGACUGAUGUUUCAGAAAGUAAUCGAAAGCAUAGUGGCCGUAAUUGGAUUCAUGAGAUCUUCCAAGGAAGCUUGACCAAUGAAACUAGGUGCCUUAACUGUGAUAAUGUUCGCACGAAAGAGGAAAAUUUCCUCGAUCUAUCAGUUGAUGUCGGAGAAAAUGUUGAUAUAUCUUAUUGUCUCCGUUGCUUUUCCGAUACUGAAACAAUGCGUUCAGACAAUAAGUAUUACUGUGAAUUUUGUCGUUGCAAGCAAGAAGCUCAGAGACGGAUGCGCAUUAAAAAGCCACCUUUACUUCUGGCCCUGCAUUUGAAGCGAUUCAAGUAUUCAGAAAAUCUCAAUCGGUUUAUCAAGUUGUCCUACAGAGUCGCUUUCCCUAUGGAAUUAAGACUAUUCAAUACGUCUAGUGACUCAUCUAAUGAUGAUCGUCUAUAUAAUCUUAUGGCUGUUGUCGUUCACUCAGGCUCUGGACCAAAUCGUGGACAUUAUGUAACACUUGUGAAGUCUCAUGGAUUAUGGUUUUUGUUUGAUGACGAACUAGUUGAAAAAAUCCAUCGCACCAAUAUUGAGGACUUUUUUGGUUCGUCUACGGAAACCUCGAAAUCUUCUUAUACAGCUUACAUUCUUUUCUAUUUAGACGCUAAAGUUGCUUCAGGUACAUCAACAGCUACUGAUUAUACUUCUACAAUAGUUAAUAAUAGUACCAUAGGCGUUGGUGGCAGUAAUGGUAGCCCUACCAGUUCAAUGUCAUCUGGAUGUAUCACCUAA